AUGGCUUCGAUUGCAGUUGAAGUUUUUGAUGCCAAAAGCGUUAGUCGAUCGAUUGCCUUCCUGGAAAAUAUCAAUUGUGAUGAAUCAGUUAUGGCAAUCAAAAAGCGUCUGUCCCAAAAGCUUUUACUUCCUAUCAAUCAGAUAGCUUUGCGGUUAGAUGCGAAAGGGAAGAAUUUGAAAGAUGAUCUAACUGUGCAAGAUCUGAAUUUGCCUUCGAAGGGUGCUCAUUUAUAUAUUCGAGUUCUUGGACCACAAAUCGGAUGGAAGACGGUUUUUCUUCUUGAAUAUCUUGGCCCGCUUCUUAUUUAUCCGAUUUUCUAUCUAAGGCCAAUCGAAAUCUAUGGACCAGACGCAUCUCGAUAUCCUAUGUCUUAUGGAGCAAAAUUUGCAUUGGUUUGUUGGUCAUUUCAUUAUGCAAAACGUUUGUUGGAAACCCAGUAUGUUCAUCGAUUUAGCAAUGCAACAAUGCCUUUGCGGAAUAUAUUCAAAAACUGUGGUUAUUAUUGGGCGUUCUCAGCAUUUGUCAGUUAUUUCAUCAAUCAUCCAUUGUAUACCCCACCAUAUUUUGGUUUCGUACAGGUUGCCACAGGCCUUACUGGUUUCGUCAUUUGUGAAUUCGGUAAUUUAUCGAUUCAUUUGCUUUUGAGAGAUUUACGUCCCCCAGGUACUAAAGUUCGCAAAAUCCCAAUACCAAAUGCCAAUCCGAUGACACUGAUGUUCAACUUCGUAAGUUGUCCCAAUUACACUUACGAGGCGGGCUCAUGGUUGUGCUUUUCAUAUAUGACGCAGUCAUUAGCAGCACUCAUUUUUACUUUUGCGGGGUUUUACCAAAUGGCCAUGUGGGCAAAAGGUAAACACCGUAAUUAUAUACACGAAUUUCCAAACUAUCCAAAACAUCGCCGAGCAAUCAUUCCAUUUGUUUAUUAA